AUGGUGACAGGAGCCGCCGGCUCGGGUAUAACUAUGACUUCCCGAGAGAGAAAUAUACCAGCUGUGGCAAAAGGCACUGGAUUCUGGCAUGCACCCACUGGGAUCAAAUACAGCCAAGAAACACAAGAACUGCUAAAAGUGAUGAUGCAAGAAUCCAAGCUUACUAGCUUCCAGCAACGUCAUCUCGCAAACUGCAUGAAACGAGGUGACUCCCUGCCUGUUUGCUGCAACCCAACAUCCAGCAGAGAACCACAGGUUCCAAAGUGUAGCUCGUCACCAAAGGCUUUUAUCUCCAUCGGUCCCUAUGGUAGACCUCAUCUACGUCCUGCAGAGAAUUGCCGGGCAGGAGAUGCGUAUAUGCGAGAGAAAUUCAGGCCCCAACCCACCAGAGACUUGGAGAAGGAGAAGGAAAGGCUCCAAAACAUCUUGGCAACUGGAAAGGAUAAAAAAGGAAAAAAGCCCCAGAAGCAACCAGUCAGAGUGAAAGAAGAGGUACCAGAACUGGACCGGUUCGAUGAAUUGGUGAAUGAAAUCCAAGAUCGACAGAAGUUUCUGGCAGAGAUGGAGGCUCUAGGACGGGGCAAAUUGUACCAUGGGAUGAUCCUCACUGAAAUAUCACAGAAACUGCAUGAGAUGGAGAUAAUUGACAAGCAAAGAAGCGCAGAACUGAAAGAGGCAAUGGCUAAAUCCUUCAAUAUCGGCAACAAACCUGAUCCUCAAAGCACAGAGGGAGCCCAGUAGUCCUAUACCAACUUAGCACAGGACUGCAUUAUCCUGACUACUUUCUACUAUCCCAACAGUGUCAAGAAUGGCUCUUUAAUGCUUUAGUGAAGCAAUGCACAAUCUUUUUGGACUGGAGUUUGGCAGCUGAACAUGGCUGUUUUCCCUCCCCAAAGUCCCCCGUUUGCUGAGUGCCCUCUUUCCCUCUAUUCAUCUCCACUGAGGUUACUGUUUAUUUGCCUCUACCAGCAGCAAGUAAACAAGAAUUUUGGAAGCUAGUGAACAGUAUUUUCUCUACAGCUCAGCUGGUCAGAAAUCCUGUUUUCUGCAUGAACUCAAGAUUAUUUUACAUUAACAGAGUCUUUUCAAGGGUGUGGCUUACAAACAGCCAUUUAACUGCUGGCCAGGAAUAGUAACUGCAGACGACUUUCCUUCUUUAAGCAGACAAGCAAGUAAUGGUAGAGCUCAGAAUACCUGUCUAACCUCUGAACAUUGUGAUAUGCCUUU